AUGUCGCUGCCUCGCCCCCGCGCCUCGUCGCCGUACGGCGUAUCGACGCUGACGCUGGAGGUGCCGCUCGACACGCCCAUCCAUUCGCCACAGUACACCGAUAUCAACGGCGGCGGCGCUGUCCUCUCGACGUCGACCGUGCUGCUUACGCUCUACUACCCCUGCGAUGUGCCGCCCUCCACCACCUCGUCGUCGACGUCCAAAGCCGGACACGACAGCCCAUCGUGGCUCGAACCGCCCAAACUGAGGUCGAUCACGGGCCUGCUCAAGUACGCCGGCGUGCCCAAAUUCCUCGCGCCGGCCAUCGUGCUGCCCGCGUGGGGCGUCGUGGGUCAGCGUCUGCCGUGCCUCGCCCACCAACCCCUGUAUCGGCAAGAAAAGGACAGGACGAGGACGACGACCAUCGUCCUCAGCCACGGUCUCGGCGGAACGAGGACCACCUAUUCGACCCUCUGCAUCGGCCUGGCCGCCCGGGGCAACAUAGUGGCCGCCAUCGAGCACCGCGACGGUACUGCGGCGUGUACCACGACCCUCCACCCGAGCGGCAGCGCAGACAGGGACGGCGCGGCGUCCCGAGGACUGUGGAGCUGGUUCUCUGGCGGCGGCGGCUCUGCACCCACCUCGACGGCCAAGACCUACGUUCGGCCCGACGAAGUGGCCGAGAAGCCCGAUCCGAUGGUCUUCCGACGCGCCCAGCUCGAGCAUCGCCAGGCCGAGGUCGCCGCGGCGCUCCAGGUGCUCCGCCGCAUCGACGCCGGCGAUGGCCUCGCCGUGGCGCACUCCUCGACGCGCUCGCCCACGCAGCCGCUGCUCGACGCCAUCGCGACCUUUGCGCACCGCCUCGACCUCGACCGACCCUGGAUCGCCGGCCACUCGUUCGGCGCGGCGACGGCGCUCGAAGUCGUGCGCCGCGACGACUGCCCCUUUUCGCGAGCCCUCCUCAUGGACCCCUGGGUCGAGCCCAUCGAGCUCGACUCGCUCAAGGCGCGCCCGGUCAGGCGGCCCGUGUACACGAUCAACAGCGAGCACUUUACCUGCUGGAAGGGCCACAUGGCCGACGUCGUCGAGAUCAUGAAAGGCGCCCGGGCCGCAACGGGACAGGGGUGGCUCUGCACCCUCUCUGCCGAGCCGACGACCGACGCCGCGGCGGUGCCCGCGGCGACUGCGGCCGCCUCACCGCAGCGCGACGAGAGCGACCCGAACCGGCUGGUCGUCGUGCACGACAUGUUCGGCACCCUCUUUUCGCUCACCGCGCCCACCGAGGCGCUCGUCUCGCUCUUUCCCUCGCAGCUCUCGCCCGACGCCAGCAGCGGCGACGGCGGGGGCGGCGGCGUGCCACCCAUUACGGCCGAGCUGAUCGUCAUGGACUGGUUCCACGCGACCCAGCGCGAUUUCACCUAUCGCUCCGUGUCCGGCGGCUACACACCCAUCGGCGCCGUCUUCAAAGCGACGCUGCCGCGCGUUUUGCUUCAGGCCGGCCUCCUUCCCCGCGCCAGCAACGGCGGAGACGCGCUGAGUCAAGCCGGGUCCGGCCUGGAUCGAUCGGGUGACCACGCCCUCGUCAACCCGUACGGCGAUGAGGUCGUCGAUGCCAUGAUGGCUUCGCUCAAGCGGCUUGCGCCUCGACCGGGGAUGGAGGAUACCUUCCGCUCCAUCUACCGCGAUCGACGCGGCGAGGGGACACUGCAUCCCUCGAUCACCAAGGUCGAUCUGUGGGCCGCCACGAACGGCAGCCUCGAACUGGGCCGGUCUUCGUUCCUCCGCGUCCUCGGAGACAUUGAUGGCGGCGACCUCGACGUGCGGCCCUCUCCUUCAUCUUCAUCUUCGUCUUCGCCAUCGCCGUCGUCGUCGACGGCUAAGGGCGAUGCGACGAGCGUAGGCGAGGGGGUGGGGCUGUUUAGCUGCGACGAAAUCGAGGUGGCCAAGCCCGACAUGCGCGUGUACGACGAGGUGCUGCAGCGCGUCGACAAGCGGGCGGGCCAACGGGGGCUGUGGUUCGUCGCGUCCCACAAGUGGGACCUGUACGCGGCCAAGCGCGCCGGCUUCAAGACGGCCUGGGUGACGUACGAGGAGCACUACGCCUGCCACGACGUCUUCGGCACGCCCGAUAUCGUCGCUACCGACCUCGCCGACUGCGCGCGCCAGAUCCUCGUCUCGGAACGGCGGCAGCGCGACCUCGACGCCGUCGCACCAAGGCCCGCCUGGCGGUACGUCGACGAAGAGGCGUACGGUGCCAAACCGUACGCCAGCCAGCAUACUGCCUUUUCCGAUUUCCCCUUUCUGCUACCCGGCCGCUCGUUUGACGGCACCGUGUCGGCCCUCGAGACGAUGCACGUCCUCGUCGACCUGUGCCACGCCACGUUCCGGGGUCGCGCGCAGCCCUGGACCGGCCUCGAGUCCGAGUAUGGCCCGGGCGACGCCUCGGGGACGGGGACGGAAAAGAGGGAGUGGAGCGUGUGGAAGGAAGGCAGGCCUGCGCCGUCCCAUGCGACGGGGGCGCCGGUGCAGCACGGAGAAAAGAAGCGGGGCCGCAUCGUCGUACAUUCGCUAGAGUAG